CUUUAUUUCCCUCACCGGAAACAGAACGCGUCAGUUUCCGGUCAGCAGUCCCGCCCCGUCGCUCUGAGCCAUCUUGUGUUUAGCUGCAAGAACAAAAACGGAGUCGGAACCGAGCCCAGCCGGGACGGGGCGCAGACACCAGCACCGAGCUUUAACAGAACCUUCGGAACAGCUGAUCUGUGGCGGGAAAACAUGCUGAGCGGCGCCGCGCGCGGACAGACACAGGCCACACCCCGCGCAGCAGCUAGCCCGAGAAGCUAACGAAGCUAAGCUAGCCAAUUAGCUAAUGCUAGCAGAGCUCGAGCUAACGGCUCGGUUCGGUUCAUUCUAACCCGCUCGUUUGUUUCGGAACCAGGCGGGACUUGUGUGGAAAUGGGCCCGGCGCCGUGCUGCCUGUCCGGCCGCUGAGAGCAGCAGCAGACCGGGCUAUGAGGACAGCGGCUCGCUAGCUCCGGCUAACGGUUGUUUUUCGUCGCACGCAGCAACAAGAAGCCGCGGCCCUGGCCAUGCCCUCGAGUGCACGGGCGGGCAAUCUCAAAGACCCGGAUGUGGCGGAUCUCUUCUGCAAAGAUGAUCCGGAAAAGCUGUUCGCCGACCUCCGUGAGAUCGGCCACGGCAGCUUCGGAGCCGUUUAUUUUGCCCGAGAUGUGCGCAACAAUGAAGUGGUGGCCAUCAAGAAAAUGUCGUACAGCGGCAAGCAGACGAACGAGAAAUGGCAGGACAUCAUCAAGGAGGUGAAGUUCCUGCAGAAACUCCGUCACCCGAACACCAUCGAGUAUCGAGGAUGUUACCUGAAGGAGCACACGGCAUGGCUGGUGAUGGAGUACUGCCUCGGCUCGGCCUCGGACCUCCUCGAAGUUCACAAGAAGCCGCUGCAGGAGAUCGAAAUCGCUGCUAUUACCCAUGGUGCACUGCAGGGAUUAGCAUAUCUUCACUCUCACAACAUGAUUCACAGGGACGUGAAGGCGGGAAACAUCCUGCUGACGGAGCCGGGUCAGGUCAAACUCGGGGACUUUGGUUCUGCUUCCAUCGUGGCUCCGGCCAACUCCUUCGUGGGGACGCCGUACUGGAUGGCUCCAGAGGUGAUCUUAGCCAUGGAUGAAGGCCAGUACGACGGCAAGGUGGACGUCUGGUCGCUGGGCAUCACCUCCAUAGAGCUGGCGGAGAGGAAGCCCCCACUGUUCAACAUGAAUGCUAUGAGUGCCUUAUAUCACAUCGCUCAGAAUGAAAGCCCCAUCCUUCAGUCCAAUCACUGGUCUGAUUCCUUCAGAAACUUUGUCGACUCAUGCCUACAGAAGAUUCCCCAGGACCGGCCUACCUCGGACGUGCUGCUCAAUCAUCGGUUCUUGUGCCGCGAGCGUCCGCUGACCGUCAUCAUGGAUCUGAUCGCACGGACGAAGGAUGCCGUGCGAGAGCUGGACAACCUGCAGUACCGCAAGAUGAAGAAGAUCCUGUUCCAGGAGACCCAGCAGAACGGGCCGGUGUCUGAGGGAGGGGAGGACGAGGAGGAGGUGGAGCAGUACCUGUUGCGGACCGGCACCGUGAACAGCAUGGAGAGCUCCCAGUCUGUUCCCAGUAUGUCCAUCUCAGCCAGCUCUCAGAGCAGCUCCGUCAACAGCCUGGCCGACGCCUCCGACGACAGCAGCAGUGAGAUGGCCAUGAUGCAGGAGGGCGAGCACACCGUCACCUCCAACAGCUCCAUCAUCCACCGACCCACGGGUCAGGAUAACAUCUAUGAUGACCCUUACCAGCCAGAGAUGGACCAGCCUCAGGCUCCCUCAGCUGGACGCCGUCGAGCUUAUUAUCGCAACCGUGACCACUUCGCUACCAUCCGAACCGCCUCAUUGGUGACCCGUCAGAUCCAGGAACACGAGCAGGGCUCGGCGCUGCGAGAGCAGAUGUCCGGGUACAAGCGAAUGAGGCGGCAGCACCAGAAGCAGCUGAUGGGUCUGGAGAACAAGCUGAAGGCGGAGAUGGACGAGCACCAGCUGAAGCUGGACAAAGAGCUGGAGAACCAGAGGAACAGCUUCUCCACCGAGGCUGACAAGCUGGUCAAGAAGCACCAGGCCAUCCUGGAGAAAGAGACCAAAGCUGCUCUCACCGAAGAGAAGAAGUUCCAGCAGCACAUACUGGGCCAGCAGAAGAAGGAACUGACCAGUUUACUGGAGUCACAGAAACGCCAGUACCGCCAGCGCAAAGACCAGCUGAAAGAGGAGCUGAGCGAGAACCAGUCGACCCCGAAGCGGGAGAAGCAGGAGUGGUUGAUCCGUCAGAAGGAGUGUCUGCAGCAGAUGCAGGCGGAGGAGGAGGCCAGCCUGCUCAGGAGGCAGCGGCAGUACUACGAGCUGCAGUGUCGCCAGUACAAGAGGAAGAUGCUGCUGGCCCGCCACAACCUGGAGCAGGACCUGCUCCGAGAGGACCUGAACAAGAAGCAGACCCAGAAGGACCUGGAGUGCGCCAUGCUGCUGCGGCACCACGAGUCCACGCAGGAGCUAGAGUUCAGGCAGCUGAGCUCGGUGCAGCGAACCCGGGCCGAACUGAUCCGAACACAACAUCAGACUGAGCUUACCAACCAGAUGGAGUACAACAAGCGUCGCGAGCAAGAACUGCGACAGAAGCACGCCAUGGAGGUCCGGCAGCAGCCCAAGAGCCUCAAGUCCAAAGAGCUGCAGAUCAAGCGUCAGUUCCAGGAGACCUGUAAGAUCCAGACCCGCCAGUACAAAGCCCUGAGGAACCACCUGCUGGAGAGCACUCCAAAGUCCGACCACAAGGCCGUUCUCAAACGCCUCAAAGAGGAACAAACACGUAAGCUGGCCAUCCUGGCCGAGCAGUACGACCACUCCAUCAACGACAUGCUGUCCACACAGGCUGUGAGUAAGUUGCGGCUCGAUGAGACGCAGGAGGCCGAGUACCAGGUGCUCCGGAUGCAGCUGCAGCAGGAGCUGGAGCUGCUGAACGCCUACCAGAGCAAGAUCAAGAUCCACACCGACACCCAGCACGAGCGCGAGGUCAAGGACCUCGAGCAGAGGGUGUCGAUCCGCCGGGCGCUGCUGGAGCAAAGGAUCGAGGAGGAGAUGCUCUCUCUGCAGAACGAGCGCUCAGAGCGGAUCCGGACGUUGCUCGAGCGCCAGGCUCACGAGAUCGAGGCCUUCGACUCGGAGAGCAUGCGCCUCGGCUUCAGCAACAUGGCGCUGACCGGCAUCCCGGCCGAAGCCUUCAACCAGGGCUACCCGACCCCCAGCCCGUCCUCGGGCUCCAGCGGCUGGCCGUCCCGGCCCGUCCCCCGCUCGGGCAGCCACUGGAGCCACAGCGUCCAGAACUCGGUGGCGACUCCGUCCUGGCGCAGCCAGAACCACGGCGGGGGAGGCUUCAGCCGCGCCGAGUCCAUCACCUCCUCCCACGGCCUCGGCAGGGACAGCGAGCUGCACAAGAGUGGCAGGGGCCACCCCUCCUCUUCCACCACCACCUCCUCCGCCUCCCACCAUCACCAGCAGCACUACCUCCCGCAGCACUACCAACACCACCAGAGCACGCCGCAGCUGUACCGCGACAGCCACGAGCGCGACAGCCGGGAGCGCGAGCGUGAGCGAGCCAGGGAGUGGGUGGGAGGAGGAGGCCACUACCCCCAUCACUCCCAGGGCCACCACCAUCACCAACACCAACACCACCACCACCACCUCUCCUCCCACGCCUCCUCCCAGUCCCUGGCUCUCCUGCCUCCCCCACCGCCACCUCCCCCCAUCUCCCUGUCCUCCUCCUCCCCUCCCUCCUCCGCCUCUUCUUCUUCAUCAUCACAGGGAGGUUACGGAGGCGGUGGCCUGAGUGUGCGGGGCCCCAGUCUGAUGGCCCUCAGGAACAGCCCCCAGCCUCUGAGGAGGACGGCGUCCGGGGGCCCGGGCGGCGGCAGUGACGGCGGGCUCAGCCGGAGCACGUCGGUCACCUCACACAUCUCUAACGGCUCUCACCUCUCGUACUCGUGAAGGCGCCCGACGCCUCGCCUCGUCUCUGAUCUGCGAGCGCCGUCCUGCUUCUGCAGAGAAAUCAAACACACAGGGCUACGAGGCGUCCACGCAAACACAGAGCAGAACCAGAACCACGCCCGCCGCCGAGACGAGGCGUGUUUUUAGCAUGUUCUUAAAAAGACAAAAACAAAACCCCGUUUUAAAAGUGUCAAUUUUAUGAUGAAACGAGUGUCACGACCCCGAGGACCGCUGCUGACCGCCACCAACAAAACAAACGAGCUGCGGGUUUCAAAACCAACGAGUCGACCCAAUUUAAGAUCCGACAGAAAAAAAAAAAAGAGUCCGAGGUCUGUCCCGUCAUCGCGUGACACAUCCGAUUGCACAGUAUUAAGACGGUUUAGCUGCAGGAGACACUUCCUGUUUCCUGUCGGACCAGUUUGAGAUUCAGGUUUGAGCUGAGACCUUCAGGUGUCGGGGUUUAAACCCGACCCGAGACCUUCAGGUGUUGGGGUUUAAGGUUGAGCCGUUGAGCCUUUCCUUUGUUCAGAGACAGGUGUGGAGCUUCCACUCGGCUAGCGGUGCUUUAAAAACCACUGUAACUAUGUAAAUAUCAGUCGACUGUAAACACAGUUUUUUUGAUUUCUAAGUGUUUCAUACGUUCACCGGGGCGGCGGGGAGGGCGGGAGGACGGUCGUGGCGGUCGGGUAGAUGACCAAGGGAAGACUUCUUGAACAUUUCUUUUAUUUGUAGUGAUAAGACUCUGUAUAAGACAAUUCAACAACACUGCCAUCUCCGCUGGGCUGACCCGAGACGACUCUGCCACUGCCCUUUAAGUCGAGACGUGAGCCGGUCCGUUGUUUGAGCUCGAGUCAGACGCUCAGGUGUUCAGAACAUUAGUCUCCAUUAGACUCUAUACAAAAGGACCUUAUUGCUGCAGCCAGCGAGGUCGAGCGAUUAGACGUGAGAACAUGUUGGUGUGGAGCGCUCUCUGUCGGUCAUACUGGCUUUAUCAAGCCUGGAAAAGUCCUGGAAAAUGACCUUGAAAAAAGAGCGGGUAGCCUGAUAUUUCAGGAGCAGGUUUGGUUCAGUGUGCACUCCAACCUGCUCGAACACUCUGAACACAAACCUCUGGGCUGAUGCAGAGCGAGCACGCGCUCUGGUGUGAAUCAUAAAUCGCGACAUGUCAGCGAGUAUUUCUCGUCUGGUCGUGAACGCUCUGAUCUGCCCGCGGCGACGCCGUCGGACUCGAGUCUCAAACAGCAAACCACGAAAAAACGUCGGAGGAGCGCUCCGUUAACGGGACGCUCCGUUAACGGAGCGCUUCCAGAGCGAGCCGAGCACGACGUGUGUGUGUGUGUGUGUGUGUGUGCGUUAGUGUGUGUUAGUGAGUGUGUGUGUGUGUGUGCGGCUUACCUUCCACCUCCACCUGCUCCCACACAGUCCGGUCUGCAUCUGUAGAUAAGAUGUACAUGUGACAUUACAGAGGAAACUCCGUGCAUGGAUCUCGUGUACAGACGACAUUUGUAUGGAUAACAUGCACACUACCUAUUUAUAUAAAUGUAAGAUACCUGAAGAUUGUUCACUGUCCAAACACUUACCAGUGUACAUAAAGCACUAACUUUGAGACUGUGUUAGAGUAAUAAUAAUGAUUAUUUUGUCACGUGACUUCAGCCCAUUUGUACUAGAUUCAGACAGAUAGAUGCUAUCAUUAUUAUUACCUCUGCUGCAGUUGGAAUAUUUAUGUUGUACGCUAAUUUUUAAAAAUGUAUUUGCCAAUUUUGACCACUAGGUGGGGGGAAUAAGCGCAAUGUUACUGUGAUAGAGUUCUAACAAACAAAAAAAGAGAAACAAUGUUUUUAACGGAGGACAAAAGGAGGACUACCUUUCCCAGCAUUCCUGUCGAGGUCUCAGGGAGGGAGUCUACCGCUCUGGGCAGGGCUGCGUUCCACUUUGUUUUUUUAUUAUUUUGAGCCAGUAUUAAACCGUGGAGCGUCCACAGUCGAGCUGACGCAGCUCCAGAUUCUUUCACUACGUUUUGGUGCCAUGUUUGUAGUUUUAUUUUGUUUCGCACUCUUCAACUUCCCCCAAACACACUGUAACCUGCAAAAUACGGAGUCCCAAAGAGGUCGAGAUCAAAACGACGAGCCGACCACGAGUGAGAGACUCUACUCAUUUUAUCUUUUAUUGAGUUUUAUUAAUUAACAGUCUGUUUUUACUUUUUGUGACUUUAUGAAGUUAAAAAACUUUUAAACAUUCAAAAAUCUAAUUUUAAAAGAACAAAAACAAAUGAUGAAAUAAGUUAAAGGUCCAGCGUGUGGCUCCUUACACAGAAUAUAAUCUUCAUAACUUCUGACUUUUAUAUCAGCAGACAAACUUUCUCUGCUGUGGGGUGAGGCGAGGGGUUGCAGUCGGCCACACAUACCGGACCUUUAAGUCGUGAUACGCGCUUUAAUUUCUUCAUUUAUUUUCACAGUUAUUAAUCCGACCACUUCGGGGCUCCGCUCUUCUUCUUUUGUUCCUCCUCAUUUUAUUUUGCACAGUCCGAAUGGGUAGAAAAAAAAAAUCAUCCAGGUCACUUCCUGCAGCGGCGUACCCGCCACCCGCCUCCCCUCGGUCACGUGACCCUCGGUCGCCGCUGCAGGACGCGCUGAGACCUCCGUGUGAUCUGAUGCUGUCCGUCAUGUCUACCUCAUUUGCACUGAUAGUAAAAGAAUGUUUGGACGGAGACGAGACGAAUUUUAGUUUCUUUUAUUUGUGCAAAUGUUGACGAGGGACCGAGAGGACGGAGCCGAAGACGUCCUCAUCACGGGACAGGACACAGACGUCCUCUCUGGACACAGACGUCCUCUCUGGACGCUGGAAGCUGUUUUUUCUUUAGAUUUCCCUCCGCUGUCUCCUCUGUGCUGGACUUAGAAUCCCUCAUCGAGACACUACAGACGUCUGCUGCGUUGAUCUUUGAUGGAAGCGUUUGGCGGGAACCUGCCGGUGGCGGGCGGCGACCCGUUCACGUCUCGCCGUCUUCAGAACCUCAAGAGAACGUUUGAACCGUGAGAUUUCAUUUUGCCAACUUCUUUUUUUUUUCUUCUUUUUUACACGCAUCGUUUUGUACGAAGUUUGAGUGCUGACCAUUCCUGUGUUAUCUCUGCCAACUCGAGCUGCACCGGGGACGACCACGUCUCCCGUUUGUCACAGGUUCGAGUCCCAAUACUGUGACUAGUUCAAUGACAUCAGGAGUUCUGUGUUUUCAUGUCAGAAUUAAAGGAACAUUCUGGGAAAUUUUCAUGAUUGCCAACAGAUGUUUGUGUUCUGGAUCCAUCUGCAGAUUAUUUUUAUUCUGAAUCAGAAGACGAGUUAACGAUGUUUUCAUGAUUUCAGAUUUCAGAUAUUCGGCUCAUCGUCACAUCGAACGGAAAAAUUAAGUUUCAGUGACAGUUUGUUCUGUGGUGCGUUCAAGGACGCGCUGACGUUUGAAUGAAAUAGUUU